AUGCUUGCGCUGGAGAACAGCGUCUGUGAAGGCCUUGGAUGCUCUUUCGAGCUCGAACAAGACGUGCUUGUCACGUACGAGGACAAGGCUCUACGAGGUGCAAUAGCUCAGCGACGAAGAACGUCGUAUACUGCACGGAACUUUCGCGCCACCAUUUCCUCGCGUCUCUACGCUACGGCAACACCCACGACGGCAAGCUUGUCGACCAUGGCACGGUUUGCCCGUCACCGCGACUCCGAAGACCCAUUCGUGAAGAAACGAACUCGUCAUCGCUCUCCGCGACAAAAUCAAGCUUCUCGCGCAGACCUCCUCCCCACGCCCGCGCCCGCACCCAUACCGGCGUACUACGCAUCUUGA